AUGGUUCUAUUUAGAAGUCAAAUAAGGAGUAUCCCUCGUUUAAGAUACUUCAGUACCAAGUCUAUAAUCAGGUCAUCGUAUCAGACUGAUGUUAAACGGAAGACAUUACUAGAUAUACAACGACUCUACGAGACCAAGACUCCUAUAUCAGUGGUGACUGCGUACGAUUUCAUAACAGGUAAGUAUGCAGAAAGUGCUGAUGUAGAUAUCAAUUUAGUUGGAGAUUCAUUAGCUAUGGUUGCGUUAGGUUAUGAAGAUACUACAGAAAUUUCAUUCGACGAGUUCUUAUACCAUACAAAAGCUGUUCUCAGAGGUAAUAAGCUGUCCUUCAUGGUGGCAGAUAUACCAUUUGGAUCUACUGAAAUAUCAGUUGAACAGGCAGUUUCUUCGGCUAUAAAAUUAGUGAAGUAUGGAAAAGUUCAAGGUGUAAAGAUUGAAGGUGGAAGUGAUAUAGUGCCUACUGUCAAGAAAUUGUCCUCGAUAGGUAUUCCCGUAAUGGCCCAUGUUGGUUUGACACCACAACGCCAUAAUGCAUUGGGUGGUUUCAAAGUUCAAGGAAAUAAUACGGAGAGAGCUCUCGAGAUCUAUAGAGACUGUUUGGACUUACAAGAAGCUGGGGCCUUUUCACUUCUUCUAGAAUGUAUACCUAACAAAUUAUCUGAGUAUAUUACUAAGAAUAUAUCAAUACCAACGAUUGGAAUUGGUGCCGGUCCGGGUUGUUCGGGCCAAGUUUUAGUUAUGUCCGAUUUGCUUGGAAUGGGAGAUCCAAAAGACUCAAUGAAACCUAAAUUCGUCAAGCAAUACAAUGACUUCUUCUCUAGUGCUAUACAUUCGCUACAUGCUUACAAGAGGGAUUUACAGCAUGGAAAGUUUCCUCUUGCAGACGACCACGGCUUUAAAAUAAAGAAAGAGGUAUUCCACGAUUUCAAGAUGCAGGCCGAAGCAAUGAAAAAGGCUAACUAA